UUGUGACGUCAUCGGAUAAACACCUGUAGAUACUGCGGGUCAAUUUCCGUCUUAUAGAUAACAUAUGUGACUAACACAUGUUAAUAUCAAUAUAUAUUAUAAAGGAUAUGGAAAUAAAUUGAAUCGAUUUGCUAAUAAUAUAAUCAAUCGACGCUUAUGAAUCAAUUGCAUAGAAUUCAGAACGAAUUAGCAAUGAAAUGGAAGGGAGUAUUUGCUGUUAUCGGCGGAUUUUUAAUUCACUUGACGUUAGGAACUCUCUAUACAUUCGGGAAUAUGAAUACUUACAUCACUUCUUACAUGAAGAAGAGAGUGGAUCAUAACAUAGAUUACAGCCAGACAAUAUGGGUGAAUGCUGCAGCAAUGUUUGGUCAAGGGUCUCUCAUGAUUGUUGGAGGAGUCUUGGAAAGAUUUAUUGGCGCUCGGUGGACUUGCCUUAUAGGAUCUGUUAUAUUCAGUGGUUCCGUAGCUUUAACAGUAUUUUCAAUUGAUAAAAGUUUUAUUGCUGUAGUUUUCACUUAUGGUCUUUCAUCAUCUUUCGGUCUUGGAAUAGCUUAUAUUGCCCCAUUGGCAUUAGGUAUGAAGUGGUUUCCAAAUAGAAAAGGUUUAGUAAAUGGAAUUGUUGUUAGUGGUUUUGGUUUGGGUGCUUUAAUUUUUAAUCAAGUUCAGACCACCUAUUUAAAUCCGAAAAAUUUAGUUCCAGAUAAAAAUGGCUAUUUUGAAGAUGAUGAAAUAUUAGAUAGAGUACCAACAGUUUUCCUGUUACUAGGAGGAAUAUAUUUUAUACUUCAAAUAAUUGGAGUUAUUUUAUUAUUUAGCCCUCAAUUAGAAUGGAAUGAGUCAUAUUCAAAUCUGUUGAAAUCUGGGAAUCAAGAAACAGAUAAUGAUGAUUCGUCUAAAGAAGAUUUGCAGCUUCCUGCAAUUGAUCGUAGUUUAAAACCAAGUGAAAUAAUAUUAAAAAAAGAAUUUUACAUGUUGGCUUUGACAUUUGCUUUAAUAAUACAAUGUGUUCAGUUUAUUAAUACUAUGUAUAAGGCUUAUGGCCAGACAUUUAUAGAUGACGAUCACUUUUUAUCCUGGGUGGGGUCUUUAGCAUCCAUUUUUAAUUCUUUAGGUAGGAUAGUUUGGGGUCAGAUUCAAGAUAAGACUUCUUACAGAUCAUGUAUGUUGUGUUUGAGUGGAGCUUUAAGUAGCUUGAUGCUAAGCUUGAUUGCUACAUCAUAUGAUGGAAAAGCAAUGUUUACAAUAUGGAUUCUUGGCAUCUUCUUUACUUUCUCUGGACUCUUUGUGUUGCUACCAACAGUCACAGCACAACUAUUUGGACCAAAAUAUGCAGGCACUAAUUAUGGGCUUUUGUUUAUUGCACAAGCCAUAUCUUCAAUUUUGGGAGCAUUUGUCAUUCAAAUAUUAUUAUCAUCUUUACAUUGGUUUGGGACUUUUAUGCUUCUUGCAACAUUUGCAUUUUCAGUUGGAAUUAUCACUUAUUUCUUUCCAAGCAAAACAGAUUCUUACUAUUCAUAGAUAAUUAGUAAGUUUUUGAAUUACUGUAAUGAUCUCUGUCUGAUUGUCACAUGUUACUGAUAUAAAGUUAUCAACAACCUAGUCAUCAAUUAUAGAGAGAUAAAGAUGUAAUCUUCAUUAAUUAGGGAUCAAGACUCAAUUGAACAGUAUUUCAAGAUAAGAAUUUUUAAAUUUAAUUGAAAAUAGGUUUUUGUUAUAUAUAUAUAUAUGUAUGAGUUUUAACUCUAAUAGGAAAACAGAUAUUACAUAUAAACAAAUAAAAAAUGUAUAUUUAACAAAUUAAUUUAUAAUGAGAAGAAA